ACUAGUGGAGGAUCUCCCAGAGAGCUGGUAGGUGCCACCAUUGACUCCUACACAGUAAGCGUCUUACUUCAAUGAGAAUGGAAGAGAGACAUACCUAAUUUAGAAUGAUUCAAAGUACCGGCGGAAGAAAGCUUGCCGAAAUUCAAAGUCCUGGAAAACUAGCAGGCAGCGAUGUGGGCGACUGUAGUUGCAGCUGAUGACUCUUCUCUCUGGAAAAAUUCUCACAACACGAGGAGGCUCGGGAAUUCUCCUCUGCAAAUCCCGGAAAUGGCACCAUCUGACUCUCUUCUACGAAACCUCGAAAUAGCACCUAGUCGCUGUCGUCUCAAGGGCUGAGAGUCCCUUUGUUGUCGUCGCGAGAUUUUUCGAACUUGCCAUCGUCCCACCACCAUCUUCGUAAGCCUCCUCCGCAAAUCCUAGAAAAACCACCCUCUGCAAGCUCUGCUUCGGUGUGCAGGGCCACAGGGAGCCAGAUCCGAAGGAACGGCGACCAUAGCUAACACAAGUGAUAUCGGCACGACUUGAGUGGCGAUCGGCAGCAGCGUGGCCAGUGGUGGUCACGCGAUGGCGUGCAGGCUGUGGGGAUUGGGUCGUCGCCGCCGUUGCUGAUCUGAAUCGUGAGAGCUAGGGCUUUGCUCGUCGGACACCAGGAGACCAAGCCGUCUGGAGAUUUGCCUACGAAGAGGCGACGUCCGGCGACGGAGGCUUAGGGUUUGCGAAGGGGCGAUCAGAUGACUCGAGCAGCUUUGAGAACACAAACAAGCAUGGCAAGUGCCCGCUUUAUCAUUUACUUAGUACACAUCAAUACAUGCACACUGUUUAAUUAUAUUCUGUGUGUACAUGUUCUUUUGGGAUUGCGCAUGUUCUUCAACAGGCAGCAUGAGCGUUUUCAUGCUCCCACAUGAUAUUGAAGCACUUGUAAUUAAUUGCCUUUUUAAGGAAAUGCAAGUUACAGGAAGAUCAAAGCCCAUACAAUCCCUCUUACAUUGAUUUGAUUGGCGUAUGAUACAAGGCAUACUACUGGAUCUUUUACACUCAAAUAAUUGGACUUUUUCAAACAUCUUUAGUCUAAUGUAAUGUAAUUAACAGGAAAAAAGUGGGAGAAAAGGAAAAAAAAAAAAGGAAAAAGAAAAAAGAGAAGACAAAGUGGAAUUCAAUUUCUGGCUAAUUUUCACGCAAUGAUCGGCGUGACUUUAGGACCAAACUUCAAACUAAGCACAAUAUAUGGGCACCCUUGCAUGCUGAUAUUCACAGACUUCGUUAAUGCUGCAUGGUCAUGGAUAGAGCAUUGAGCUCUCUUGCAGUGGCUUUCCUUGAGUUUUUUGCCAUAGCAAGCAUACUUCACAAUGAAUUCUGCAUUGGAAGCCCCAGAAUCCUUUGUAUGGGAAGUGAAAGACAGGCUCUUCUAAGCCUCAAGAAUGAUAUGAAUGAUCCUUCAAAUUUGCUCAGUACUUGGAUUGAUGAAACUGAUUGUUGUGGAUGGACUGGAGUUGUUUGUGACAACUUAACUGGCCACGUCCUCGAGCUCCACCUUCGGCCUCAAGCAAGAAGUGAAGCUUUAAGUGGUAGCAUAAAUCCAUCUUUGCUUAAUUUGAAGCAUUUGAGUUAUCUGGAUCUAAGCUAUAAUGAUUUUGGAGGGAUUCAGAUUCCCACAUUCCUAGGUUCCUUGGGAAGUUUAAGGUAUCUCAACCUCUCUGAAGCAGGAUUUGGCCGAAUGAUUCCUCAUCAACUGGGGAAUCUCUCAGGUUUGCGCUAUCUCAAUCUCCAAAAUUCUUUUUGGGGCGAAACACCCUUGUAUGCUGACAGUCUUCAAUGGCUUACCACUCUUUCUUUCCUUGAAUACCUUGACUUGAGUCAGGUGAACCUUCACAAUGCGAUAGACUGGGUGCAAGCAGUAAAUAUGCUCUGCUCUCUAAUAGAGCUACAUUUACAAUCAUGCGAUCUUCAUCAGAUUCCUGAUUUGCAUUAUGUUAAUCUUUCAUCUCUCGCUGUCCUCGAUCUUUCAAAGAACUCUUUCAAUUCUUUGCCUGCACCUAGAUGGGUUUUUGAGCUUACUAAUCUGGUUUCCCUCAAUAUUAAUCAGUGUUACUUCCAAUUAGGACCAAUCCCCAGUGGACUUCAGAAUAUGACUUCUCUUCGAAAUCUGGAUCUAUCUGCAAACAGUUUCAAUUCUUCAAUACCUGAGGGGCUAUACAGUUUAAGCCAACUUGAGUACCUCAAUCUUGGCUACAACAAUUUGCAUGGUUCGCUCUCAAACACCGUUGGGAAUCUUACUUCCCUUGUUACCCUUGACCUGUCAAGCAACAAACUGGAAGGUGAAGUACCAAAAUCUUUGGGAGAACUUUGCUGCAACCUUGCUGUACUUGCUCUGUCAGAAUUCCAGGUAAAUCAAGAGAUAUCAAAAGUCCUAGGAAACCUUUCUGGAUGCAUUUUAGAUGGGUUAAUGUUAUUGGAUUUGAGCUAUACUCAACUUUCCGGCCUUUUGAUUGAUGUCAUUGAUCAGUUUGUCCAAAUGAAAAAUCUAAGCCACCUUUCUCUCCGAGGUAAUUCAAUUUCUGGUUCCAUUCCAGAGUCUUUUGGGGAUGUUACAUCCUUGAGAGUUCUAGACCUAUCUCAUAAUCUGUUGAAUGGAACUCUUCCUGAAUCCCUUGGACAACUUGCUAGGCUCGAAGAGUUAAAGCUUGCUAAUAAUUCAUUCCAUGGUCUUGUCUCAGAAGUUCACUUGUGCAACCUGACAAGAUUGUCCACAUUGGCUGCAUCUGGAAACGAACUAAUUUUGAAUGUAAGUUCAAAAUGGGUUCCUGAUUUUCAACUUGAAACCAUGGAAUUAAAUUCUUGGCGGUUGGGGCCACAAUUUCCCAUGUGGAUUUGUUCCCAAAUGAAUUUGGAGUUCAUAGAUAUAUCUCAUACAGGAAUUUCAGAUACCAUGCCAACUUGCUUUUGGAACAUUUCUUCCUUUCUAUACUAUUUAAAUGUUUCUCAUAAUCAAUUCCAAGGCUUGUUACCAAAGCUAUCUUCCAAUGUGUACACCUUGGAUCUUUCUAAUAAUUUAUUUUCUGGAAACAUUUCCCGCCUUCUAUGUAAUAGAAUGGGAGAAAGAAGUGCAUUGGCAUUUCUUUUUCUCCAAAACAAUCUUUUAUCAGGGAAAAUUCCAGAAUGCUGGACACACUGGCCAAUGUUGGAGGUCAUAAAUUUAGGAAACAACAAUCUAACUGGCUAUGUUCCGACCUCCUUAGGAUCUUUGAGAAACCUUCAAUCAUUGCACCUUCGCAAAAAUAGCCUCUCUGGUGAACUCCCUUUGUCCCUUCAAAAUUGUACGCUGUUGCUUAUUAUUGACCUUGGUAGAAACAAAUUCAUUGGGAGCUUGCCAACAUGGCUUGGGAAAUUUUCAUAUCUUUCCAUUCUUAGUAUUAAUUCAAAUAAGUUCCGUGGCACCAUUCCUUAUGAAUUUUGUCAUCUCAAUUCUCUUCAAGUCUUGGACCUUGCACAUAACAAUCUCUCAGGAGCUAUACCAAGAUGUUUCAACAACUUCUCUGCCAUGACCAUGCAGCAUCAGUUAUAUCCUUUUUGGCACAUCACUUCAAUUGGAAGAAGACUGUCGGAGAAUGCACUGCUAGUGAUGAAAGGAAGAGAGUUUGAAUAUAGCACGACUCUGAACCUAGUAAUGAGCAUAGACCUUUCAGACAACAGUUUAUCUGGGGAGAUCCCUCAAGAACUAACAAGUCUCCACAGCUUGGAGUCCUUAAAUUUGUCCAACAAUCUUUUCACAGGAAGGAUCCCUAAGAAGAUAGGUGAUAUAAGAUUUCUUGAAUCUCUUGAUUUCUCUAGAAACCAACUUUCUGGUGAAAUUCCUGCAAGCAUUUCAAGUUUGACAUUCCUAAACGACUUGAACCUCUCCUACAACAAGUUGAUGGGAAAAAUCCCAUCAAGCACUCAACUACAAAGCUUGGAUGCAACCAGUUUUAUUGGCAACAAACUCUGCGGACCUCCAUUGACUGAUAAUUGCAGCAUCAAUACUGUAAAACCAAAUCCUGCUAGUGGAGGAAGCAGUGAAAGUGAUAUUUUCAAAGAGCCAUGGUUGUAUUUGAGUGCAGCAGUAGGAUUUGUGGUGGGCUUUUGGGGUGUCAUGGGUCCUUUGCUAGUCAACAGGUCAUGGAGAUUUGCAUAUUUUCGUUGCCUGGAUAACAUUGGGAACAAAAUUUUUCAGUAUUACCUGUACAUCUACCUAGGUCUUGGAAAACUAAGAGAAAAGUUUCUAGCUAGACUUUAGAAGGUGAAUGCAGCUUCAUGUAUUUUUGUAUAUAAUCCUAGUUCUAUGCAUGUCCUAGUUUCUGGAAAACCAAGAGAAAUGUUUCUAGCUAGAUUUUAUAAAUGAUGUUUUAUGUACAUAAUAAUAGCUUUGUAAUGGCAAGUACAAAAAGUUGUCUCUCU